AUGGCCGAAAGUGGGGAAAUGUAUCAUCGAGCUCCGGGACCUUUGGUGUUGGAUGCGAAUGCAUCAGAAAAUUGGAGAAAGUUCCUAAUGCAGUUCGGAAUUUACUUGGUUGCAAAAGGAAAGGACGACAAGGGAGAUAAGUUAAAAGUUAAUUUGUUACUUAACUGUGCUGGACCGAGUGCAAUUGAAGAGUAUAGCCACUUUGUGUAUACUGCAGGCGAGAGUAAUGAAUCUUAUGGUGAUGUGUGCCGAAAGUUCCAUGAACUUUGUCGAGGAGCUAAGAAUGUCAUUUAUGAGCGACUGCUCUUCAAUCUUAGAAACCAAAAGGAGGGUGAACGAAUUGACAACUUUGUUAGUGAGCUGAAACGGCUUUCAUUAAACUGUGACUUUGGAGCACUUAGAGAUUCAUUGAUACGAGACCGUAUUGUGGGGGGAGUAACCAGCGAUGAAUUGCGAGGGGAGUUGUUGAAAAAGCCAGACCUUACCCUACAAACCGCGCAUGAUUACUGCAGAACUUAUGAGGCGACUGAGCUGCAGAAGUAUAAGUUUGUUCCACAGACAGUAGUCCCAAGUAAAACAGUGUCUGUGCAACCAGUCCAAGUUAAGAAAGAACAGCCGUCUUGUAAGUUCUGUGGAUAUCGCCAUUCAUUUGCACACCCAACACGAUGCCCAGCUUUUAAAAGGAAUUGCAAGAUUUGUAGCAAAACAGGCCAUUUUGCAAAGAUGUGUAAAAACAAACAGAAAAAAGAUCCAGAAGUGCAUGUGGUGGAACAGGAGUAUGACUCAAGUGACAGCAACGAAACCCACACAUACUUUGGAUCCAUUGAAGUCGGAAGCGUGUUACAGAACCAGCAACCCAAAAAGAGCCUGAUAAAAGUCAUGAUAGCAGGAAAAGAGGUCAAACUGAAAGCAGACACGGGUGCGGAGGCUACUGUCAUCCCCUACAACUUGUACAAGAGCAUCACCAACAAGCCGUUGAAACGUUUACACCAGCUUUUGAAGGGCUGGCUUGCGACUAAGCCCAUCUACCCUAAAGGAUGUGUCCGCCUUCCAACACAGUACAAAGAUCGAAAGAUAGAUCUGUUAUAUCUUGUAGUUGAUGGAGAGUUCACCCCACUACUAAGUUGUGAGGCUUGCCCUGAUCUUGAAGUCCUACAGUUCAUGGAUCUCACAUUGCUAGAUUCACCAUCAGCACAAACAUCAAACAUCGACUUGUCCAGAGAACAAAGCAAAAGUACCACAACCCUCACAAGUGACCCUGUUCUGAAAGAUUACCUUGAUUGCUUCAGUAACAAACCAGGAAUGUUACCCAACAAAGUACACCUAGAGGUAGACUCUGCAGUAACUCCAGUUAUACACGCACCCAGAAAGAUCCCAGUAUCCAUGUUAGACCCAACUCAACAGAAGCUGAGAGAGAUGGAAGAAGAUGGGAUCAUUGUUAAAGAAGAAGAACAUACCCCUUGGGUCUCUUCGAUGUUAGUAAUCGAUAAACGAAAAGGCAAAGAAAAGAAAAGCCCACCAACCAAAGACAACAUCAGAAUAUGUAUAGACCCACGUGACCUCAAUAGAGCCCUCAAGAGACCCCAUUAUCCGAUGGCCACAGUGGAACAGGUUGCCAACAAACUCACCGGUGCUGAAAUAUUCUCAACGUUGGAUGCAUGCAGCGGUUUUUGGCAACUACCAGUAGACGAAGAAAGCUCGAAGCUCCUGACUUUCAAUACCCCCUGGGGUCGAUACAGAUUCCUGCGGCUCCCAUUCGGCAUAAGUUCCGCGCCCGAGAUUUACCAACGAGAGAUGGACCGACUCUUCGCAGGAGUACCAGUAGAAAUAAUCGUUGACGACUUUUUGAUACAUGGUGGAAAUCAAUGUGAGCUAGAUGACAAGAUGAUUGCAGUAUUGAAGAGGAGCCGUGAGAUAGGUCUAAAGUUCAAUCCACGUAAAGCCAAACUUCGAGUUCCUGAAGUCAGCUACGUUGGACACCUAUUUACUGCAGACGGUUUAAAGCCUGAUCCUGAAAAGGUAAGAGCUAUCAACGAGAUGCCUGCCCCGACCGAUAAAGAUGGCAUACUACGUUUCCUAGGAACUGUAAACUAUCUGGAUAAAUUUAUUGAACAUAAAGCUGAUCUCCAGGGCCCGAUCGUACUUAUUAGGAGAUGA